AUGGGCGGCCUCUUCUCGUCCAUCGCCCAAGCCGUCGUCAGCGCGCCGACAGCGAGCUUCGAGGCCAUCGCCGAUAAGUAUGAGACCUUUGAGGAACUCCAGCUCGCGCUGCGCCAGUCAGGCCUCGAGUCGUCGAACCUCGUCAUGGCCAUCGAUUACACCAAGUCCAACGAGUGGAGUGGCCAGCGCUCGUUCCAAGGCCGCUGCCUCCACGACAUUGACCCCAAGGGUUUCGAGUGCAACCCGUACCAGUCUGUGAUUCAGAUUGUGGGGCGUACGCUCGAGCCGUUUGACGACGACAAGCUCAUCCCUGCGUUUGGGUUUGGCGAUGCCAAGACAGGCGGUCACUCGUGCUUCAACAUGGGCCUCGGCGGCAAGCCGUGCGAAGGCUUUGCCGAGGUCCUCGCGCGCUACAACCAGAUCACGCCGACGCUGCAGCUCUCGGGGCCGACCAACUUUGCGCCCGUGAUCCACGAGACGAUCCGCAUCGUGCGCGAGACGCGGCAGUACCACAUCCUCGUCAUCGUCGCCGACGGCCAAGUGAGCAACGUCAAGGAGACGUCGGACGCGAUCGUCGCGGCGUCCAACUUUGCCAUCUCCAUCAUCAUGGUCGGCGUCGGCGACGGCCCUUGGGACAUGAUGAACGACUUUGACGACAACCUUCCGUCCCGGCGCUUUGAUAACUUUCAGUUUGUCGAGUACGCCAAAGUCCUCCAGUUCAACAAGCGCAACCCCGAAGUGGGCUUUGCGACCGCCGCCAUGAUGGAGAUCCCAGAGCAAUACAAGGCGAUCCGCAAGCUCCAGCUUCUCUAA